AUGGACUAUCUGAACAUUACGAUAAUACCAUUUUUGUUAUGGAGGGCACUACACAACCAAAUAUGGAUCUCAUUUUCUCGUCACAGAACGGCCAAAGGCAACAACAGAAUUGUCGAUAAGAGCAUUGAAUUUGAACAAGUUGAUAGAGAAACCAAUUGGGAUGAUCCAAUUCUAUUGAAUGGACUUCUCUUCUGCAUUUUUAAUACGACACUGGAUAGAGCUUCUAAGCUGCCAAUUUGGAGGACCGAAGCUAUUAUACAUCCAUUUGCGGAGCAUAUAGCAUAUUUUCUGCUAUUCGCAAUUCCAAUGCUUACAACUGUGGUGACCGAUACUGCCUUUAUGGCAUCUAUCUUUGGUUACAUUACCUACAUUGAUCUCAUGAACAAUAUGGGACAUUGCAACUUUGAGCUCAUUCCUCAAAGGCUUUUCUCCAUUUUUCCUCCUCUCAAAUACCUCAUGUAUACGCCCUCAACGGCCAAAGGCAACAACAGAAUUGUCGAUAAGAGCAAUGAAUUUGAACAAGUUGAUAGAGAAACCAAUUGGGAUGAUCAAAUUCUAUUGAAUGGACUUCUCUUCUACAUUAAUACAACACUGGAUAGAGCUUCUAAGCUGCCAAUUUGGAGGACCGAAGAGCAUUGCACCACCAUUAUCUCUACUCUCGAUACCAUUCACAACACCACUCCUCCAUUGUCACAGAGCCCAUUUCAUGCUAAAGAACUUAACAGAAACGGAGCAAUUUACAUUGAAAAGCACCAUCACCAAAAUAUUAAGGUGGUAGAUGGAAGUAGUUUGGUUGUAGCUAUCGCCCUUAAUAGCAUUCCAAAAGGAACAACAGAAGUGGUCCUCAGAGGAAAGCUGUCCAAGGUUGCUUACUCCAUUGUAGUUGCUUUGUGCCAAAAGGGUAUCCAGGUGAGUACAUUGUAUGAAAAUGAGUAUGAAGAGCUUAAACUAGCUGCAAAGUCUCAGAGUAGAGUGGUACUCUCAAAAAGCUAUACUCAGAAGAACUGGUUGCCAAGAAAAGUUAUGAGUGCUUGGCGUGUAGCUGGGAUUGUACAUGCCUUAGAAGGAUGGAACGUGAACGAGUGCAGGGAAACCUUGUUCGACAUCCACAAAAUUUGGCAAAAAUGGAAGAAUCUGAGAAACAAAACUCCAUUGAUUCUCAUGGUGAGAAGAAAGCUGAGAAACUUGAGUUCUGCACAAUGGGCAUGUAGAAUGGCCCUUAAACCAUGCAUCUAUGCACUCAACGUGGAAGCCGUGGUUGCAUUCCGGCAGUUUCCGGCACAUCUCGCUGCCGUGAAUGUCGUUAAGGCAUAUAGCACAGUAUGA